AUGACAAAAAACGAGAAGGCGCGGGGUCAUGCGGUCAAGAUUAUUGGAUGGGGUGUAGAAAAACGAACGAAUGUAUCCUACUGGUUAAUUGCAAAUACUUGGGGCUCCCAUUGGGGAGAGCACGGACACUUUAAAAUGGUGCGUGGAGAAAAUCACCUCGGCAUUGAACAGAACGUGAUAGCUGGCCUACUUCCCAGUAAUGUUUCCGCAACUUACGAUAAUUAUUACCAGAUAGAUGAAAGUGCCUAA